CCGGAUAUUCUUUCAUUUUAGUUGAGAAAGGACAAUGGGCAUGCUAAUUGUAGCCUCUGGAAAGAGUGUGACAUUAUCCAUCAUAAUUGUGUUUUCUGAUCUUGAAGGAGCUUAGCAUUCCACCAAGAACGUUAAGUAAGUAGGAAAGCAGUUUAAGUAUUCAGACACAACAAAGAAGUUGUUGGGAUUUCUGCAUCCCCGUUGUCAUCUUCCACCCCUAACAAAGUGAUGACCUCACAGCAGCAUCCCCUCCCCAAUGCAAACGUCAACCCUCCCCUCCUUGUCCCCCAGAACUCUUCAGCUCACCACGGUAGGCCUCACAUUCACCCAAACCAGCUGGACUCUACUCAGAGUAGUGCUGCGGGGCACCUUGCCCCCCACAGAGGUCUGAUGGGUGGUGUGGGGUCCUCAUCAGUGGGGACCUCCAGCGGAGUGGCAGUGAACAGGGGCGCCUCGGCCUCCUGCACUAACUCUGCCAUUUCCAGGAGGCCCUCGUCGGGACGCUUCGAACCCUGGCCUGAGGAGGCCGUAGACAACGCUUACGGCUUGUACUCACUGCACCGCAUGUUUGACAUAGUGGGAGCCCAGCUCACGCACCGUGACGUGCGAGUGCUCUCCUUCCUGUUCGUGGACGUCAUCGAUGAGUAUGAGCGCGGAGGCAUCAGGAGCGGCCGGGACUUCUUGCUAGCUCUGGAGCGCCAGGGGCGCUGUGAUGAGACCAACUUCAGGCACGUCCUGCAGCUGCUCCGCAUCAUCACACGGCACGACCUGCUGCCCUACGUCACACUCAGGAAGAGACAGACCGUGUGCCCAGACCCAGUGGAUAAGUACCUGGAAGAGACGUCAGUGCGUUAUGUGUCCCCCAGAGGAGGAGAGAGCAGGGAGGCUACACCCCACAGGAGGACAGGCCCCCAACCAGUAAUAUGCUGUUCUCCAUCGGGGCCCCAGGUGGGCCCCCCCCGCACCAAGCCAGGCCCCCCAUUACCGAGCCGCAAAAGGAAGAGGGCCCACACCACAGGAGACUGCAGGGAGAAGCAAACUUGUGACAUCCGCCUACGAGUGCGCGCCGAGUACUGCCAGCAUGAAUCAGCGCUUCAGGGAAACGUCUUCUCCAACAAGCAGGAGGCUCUGGAGAGGCAGUUUGAGAGGUUCAACCAGGCAAACACUAUUCUCAAGUCCCGGGACCUGGGCUCCAUCAUCUGUGACAUCAAGUUCUCGGAGCUCACAUACCUAGAUGCUUUCUGGCGGGAUUACAUCAAUGGCUCCCUGCUGGAGGCCCUGAAGGGCGUCUUCAUCACAGACUCACUCAAACAGGCGGUGGGCCAUGAGGCCAUCAAACUGCUGGUCAAUGUGGAUGAGGAGGACUAUCAGGCCGGCCGCCGCAAGCUGCUCCGGAACCUGGUCACUGGAGGUGGGGCUGGGGCCGGGGCUGCUGCCACUCCCGAAGGGAGCAGAGGGACUCCAUCCUCCUAGAAGCGCAUGUCUGCUUCUUUUAGCAGAAGGGGCACCCAUGUCCCAAAUAAGAUAACUUAACUUCAUGGCGAGGACAGAAGCAAGGAAAGUGUAAAGUACGGUCUGAUUCAGGAAGAAGUAUGAGGAAGAAUGCUGGGUGCCCUGCCCUUUCAUCUAUGAAGGGAAUGUGAAAUUAAAGUGAGCAAGAGCAAGUUGAGUUAGAUGUAUGGAACACAGACAUAAGAUGAGUGUUUUGAAUGUUGAAGGUUUAGUUUUUUCUGCUGGAAGGACAAUGUUAAUAUUUUUUAUUGUAACUUGUGAAUUGACUAUAAAAUCUGAUUUAACAUUUUCUUUUGGUAUCACACAGCUCUUUGCCAUAAAGUGUUCUUGAAAUGGCCCCUAGUAGACUAUUACUACACAUGGCUAUAAACAAGUCCCUAUUGGGACAUUUAGCAUUUUGUUUACUGCCAGACAAGGACAAAAUCAUUGUAAGCCAGAGACAUGCCAUCAUACAAUUAUUUGGUAGUAAAUCAUUUCAAAAUAUUUUUGGUACGUUGUCAAAUGAACUAUUCUUGUGUGGGUCGUUCUUGAUGAUUUGGUUCAAAAGGAUUGAAAAGAUUAAGCGUACUGAGUGGUUUCAGAUGUGCUUGAAAAUUGCAAUACAAAAUUCAACAACAGAAUGCAGUAAUAAGUAUUAAAAAAACGUCAAGUCAUUUUGAAAUAAUUUUGAAUCUACCCUCAUCUCAAAUACAAAUGUCCUUUUUGAAUAUGUGUAUURACCCAUGGCUCAGACUUUUAUUUCUUGAUUUGCUUGUCAAUAUUAGAAUUUAAUCAGAAAGACACAUUCAUUAAAGCUGGAAUCCUUAGUGGUGAAACUGCCA